AUGUUGGAAAGCCAUGCUAAAAUAAUACUAUUGUACAUUGAAGGUUACAUCAAGGUUGAAUUUUGGUGCACUGCGCAUAUCAAAUCCAAGAAGAAACGAAGGUUGGGAAUAGCCACACCCCGGCAGACCCAAGCAGUUCGCGUUGACAAUACCAUCUACGUCAGUGGUUCAUUAGGGUUAGAUCCCAAAAGUGGUGAACUGAAGGAAGGUGUAAAGGAACAAGCGCAUCAAUCCCUCAAGAAUAUCGGGGAAAUUCUUAAGGCAGCCGGGGUUGGGUAUGGAAAUGUUGUAAAAACCACAGUUCUUUUGGCAAAUAUCAACGACUUCGCUACAGUAAACGACAUCUAUAAAGAGUAUUUUACGUCAAAGUACCCAGCAAGGGCUGCUUAUCAGGUCGCUGCCCUGCCGAAAAAUGCUCUUGUCGAGAUAGAAGCUAUAGCAGUGGCGGGUGAAAUUAAAGACGCUUAG